AUGUCCAUCCCCCACCACCCGCCCUCAACAGACGUCCGUCGUCGCACGACCCAACCCCAAACGCUGCAACAAGCCCAAACCAGCACCACGACCCAUCUCCCCCUCUCCUCGGCGCUGUUGAACGACCUCGACUCGCAAGCGAGCUUGGACAACAUGGAGGCCGAAUUGAACAAGACGGUCGAUACGGAGGUGGAGGUGUUGGCGGAGGGGAUCGUCGAGUUGGUUAGGUGUGCGGUCGUAAGUCUCUGUGCGGUGGCCUACGUCCCUUCUGAGGUAGUCUCUCUUUAACGCGCGUGCAGGAGGAGCUGUGAGCUGCGAAUGCACAGGCGUCGGUCGUGUGGGGGGACUGUGACCACCUCGAGCUUCGCGUCUGGUCCCAAUUCUCCUCCUCUCUCUGACCCACUCUUCCCGUCCCGCACAGAUCAAAGACAAAGAUCACUUUCGCGUGUCCCAAGAAGCAUUCGCCUCAAAGGUCCGCACAGAAGCAAUGGUACGCUCCCGUGCACACACCUCCCACCUCUCUCUGUUCCGCCAGACCUUCUCCCCUAACGCCCCUUUGUCCCACACAGAUCCGUUCCGCGCAAUCCCUCUUAUCCCUAUCACAUACUUUGAAGCUGCUGCAUUUGUUCGCCGAUACUUGUACGCCUGCUUUGGCGAGGGAAGCCACCGUUAGGGAAUUGGAUGAGAUGGUUGAGAGCGCAAAGACGGAGCUGGGGAUGGCGGUCGUUUGA